UUCAAAGUCAGGUCACAACUAUCCGUGAAAGCAGGAUUUAAAGCAACACUAUCAAUACUGGAGGAGUUUUGGUUGUAUGCAGUUGGGAUUUUCUAGCAUGUUGCUCUUAAUCAAUGUCAUUCUAAUCUUGUGGGUAUCCGUUGUUCGGGGACAAGUGGGACUUUGUGAUUUUCCAAAAAUAAACCAUGGAAUUCUCUAUGAUGAAGAGAAGCCAUUUUCCCCGAUUCACAUGGGGAAAUUUUUCUACUACUCCUGUGAAUAUAAUUUUGUGUCUCCUUCAAAAUCCUUCUGGACUCGUAUAACGUGCACAGAAGAAGGAUGGUCACCAGCACCAAAGUGUCUCAGACUGUGUUUCUUUCCUUUUGUGGAGAAUGGUCAUUCUGCAUCUUCAGGACAAACACACGUGGAAGGUGACACAGUACAAAUCGUUUGUGAUAAAGGCUACAGUCUUCAGCAUAAUCAGAGAACCAUUUCAUGUGCAGAAAGUGGCUGGUCCAUUCCUCCCAAAUGCAGACCCUCCAAUUCUCAAGGAAUAUGUGGGACCCCUCCAGCUAUUGACAAUGGAGACAUUACUUCAUUCCCAUUACUGGCCUAUGCUCCAGGCUGGACAGUUGAGUAUCAAUGCCAGAACUUGUAUGUUCUUCAAGGUAACAAGCGCGUAACAUGUAGAAAUGGAGAGUGGUCAGAACCACCAAAAUGCUUAGAAGCGUGUGUAAUAUCAGAAGAAAUCAUGGAAAAAUAUAACAUAGCAUUCAGGUGGAGAGAACAACAAAAGCUUUAUGUCCAAACAGGUGAAAGGGUUGAAUUUGUGUGUAAAUACAGAUACCAUCCAGCACCAGGAUCUCAACCAUUUCGAACAAUGUGUCAGGAAGGGAAACUGAUGUAUCCCAGUUGUGAAAGACACGGCUGAUUAUUGGGAUUAAUAAAAUGCACACCUUUAUUAAGGAUUUUUGUUAUUAAGCCAGUUCUCGAUUUUAUAUUUCAGGUACUUUUUAACUCUUUGUUAUUCAUAAGUAAAGAUGUUUGUCAAUUUGUGAUGAUGUAAUUAUAAUCUGAGGCCAGCACCUCACUUCUUAGAAGCACCACAUUAAAACUUGGCAAACCAAAGUGCUAUGUAUCCAAUUUACCAAAGUAUCUAUGGCUAGAAAUUAAAUGCAGUUAUUUCAGAUCCUAUUUUUAUCACUUUCCUAAAUAUCUCAAAGCUUUCUAUAUAGCUUUUGAGGCUCUCUGUUUCACAGUAAAUGGAAAAGAUUCUAUCUCUACCUUUGAAAUGGUAUCACUUCACAAACAUGUAAAAACCAACCUAAGUCAUACCUUAUAUUAGUAAUAAGAUAUAAAUCAUUACUCAUUAUCAAUAAAUAAAUUUACAAAAAUGA